GCUGUUGUCCUGUGCACUUAUCUGGAGAUAGGAGGCAUUGAUCUCAGGGAUCGGUCUGUGAUUGAGCUGGGAGCUGGAACAGGAUUGCUGGGUAUAGUGGCCACGUUAUUAGGUGCUCGCGUUACCAUCACAGACAGGGCAGCAGCACUGGAGUUCCUGGAGUCAAACGUACAAGCUAACUUACCUUCUGAACUACGUUCGAGAGCUGUGGUGAAGGAACUGACUUGGGGAAAAGACCUGGGUAACUUCCCUCCAGGAGCAUUUGACUUCAUCCUGGGUGCAGACAUCGUUUAUCUGGAAGAAACUUUCGCAGAACUGCUCCAGACGCUGGAGCACCUGUGCUCGGAGCAGACUGUGAUUCUUCUUUCCUGUCGUAUCCGCUAUGAACGGGAUCACAAAUUCCUGAAGAUGCUGAGAGGCCGUUUCUCUGUACACGAGGUCCACUAUGAUUCCAUCAAGGAUGUUCACAUCUACAGAGCAGAGAGAGGUAGUCGCAAAGAUGACUUUUGACUCUAUGCUUUGU